CGAGGUUGAAUGUAACCGGCGAAUGGCAAUUAAGGAAUGAGGAUUGCGGACAUGUCUGUCCGACCAGUAUUUGUCUAUCGUCGUGUUUAUUUGUAAUUUAUUUAUAUUGAUAUAUAGUGAAAUAGUUGCAUUUUUAUUAUUCACGUAGAGUAAAAGUCUUUGUUUGAUUAUAAACGUGAGAAAAAUCGUCGAAAAUGCCGCGUAUUAUGAUAAAGGGUGGUGUCUGGCGAAACACCGAGGAUGAAAUUCUCAAAGCAGCUGUUAUGAAAUAUGGAAAAAAUCAGUGGAGUCGUAUAGCAUCUCUUCUGCACAGAAAAUCUGCGAAACAAUGCAAAGCCAGAUGGUUCGAGUGGCUCGAUCCAAGUAUUAAAAAGACGGAAUGGAGUAGAGAAGAGGACGAGAAACUUUUGCAUUUGGCAAAAUUAAUGCCGACUCAGUGGAGAACAAUAGCGCCUAUUAUUGGCAGAACAGCGGCGCAAUGUCUGGAACGAUACGAAUAUUUACUAGAUCAAGCUCAAAAGAAGGAGGAAGGAGACGAAAGCGUCGACGAUCCAAGAAAGUUGAAACCCGGCGAGAUAGAUCCCAACCCUGAGACUAAGCCAGCUCGUCCCGAUCCCAAAGAUAUGGACGAAGAUGAACUGGAGAUGCUAUCGGAAGCUAGAGCAAGACUGGCGAAUACACAAGGUAAGAAAGCUAAGAGGAAGGCUCGUGAAAAGCAGCUAGAAGAGGCCCGUAGACUCGCUGCUUUACAAAAGCGAAGAGAAUUGAGAGCAGCGGGUAUUUCGGUAGCGCAAAAAAAUAAACGAAAGCGUGGAAUAAAUUAUAAUACCGAAAUACCAUUCGAGAAGAAACCAGCUCAAGGGUUUUAUGACACGUCCACCGAAGAGAUUGACCCUCUAGCAGCCGAUUUCUCAAAACUAAAGCAACAAAAUCAAUUGACUUGGCAAGAGAAGGAAGAGAUGGAGAGGAAGAAAGACAAGCAAAAAUUAAAGCAGAGAAAAGAAAAUGACAUGCCAGCUAAUAUGUUAAAUCAAGAGCCCGUGAAAAAAAGAAGUAAACUUGUUCUUCCCGAACCUCAAAUAUCCGAUAGAGAAUUGCAACAAGUUGUGAAAUUGGGUCGAGCCUCCGAGGCUGCUCGAGAGAUCGUGCUAGAAAGUGGCAAUCAUUCGUCCGAUAGUUUGCUCGCGGAUUAUUCCUUGACGCCCAAUACAGCAAUCACCCCGAGAACUCCAGCUGUCGUCGAUAGAGUUCUACAAGAAGCUCAAAACGUCAUGGCCCUAACACACGUCGACACCCCACUAAAAGGUGGCCUGAACACACCGUUGAACAAUGCCGACUUCAGUACCGUCGUGCCGACCCCGAAUAUCGUAUCUACACCAAACACAGUAUUGGCCACGCCAUUUAGAUCUCAUAGAAGCGACGCGUCCCCGGCUCCAUUCAAUACACCAGGAUUGGUUCGUCAUCAAAAUGCAACAACCGCUCAAACUCCCAUUCGCGACAAGCUGAACAUCAAUCCCGAGGAAGCGAUAGAAGCAUCCGAGACGCCGAUUGUUCAGAAACAAACGAAGGAUCAGCUUAGAGCAAGUUUUAAUACAUUACCGACGCCGAAGAAUGAUUAUGAAAUAGUCGUGCCGGAAGACGAGGUCAAUGAGGAAGAUCUCGAUGGUUCGAUAAACAAUAUCGUCGAGGAUCAAGCGGAUGUCGAUGCAAGGAAACAACAGGAAUUAUUGGAACAACAGAAAAGAGAAUUGGCCAAACGCUCGCAGGUCAUUCAAAGAAUACUUCCAAGGCCAAAUGAAGUUAAUAUGAAUGUCUUGAGACCGUCGACGGAAGUUUCCUUAACGGACCUACAAAAGGCCGAAGAAUUAAUUAAGCAAGAGAUGAUAGCGAUGAUGCACUACGAUGCAUUACAUAAUCCUGUGCAACCCAAUCACAAACGUGCACAGACGAUUAUAAAUCAAGCGCAUAACUAUUUGGAGCAGCAUCCCUAUGUGGAAUAUUCUAAGGAAGACGUUGAAAAAGCGAAAAAUAUAUUAACGGACGAGAUGUCUGUGGUCAAAGAAGGAAUGGCUCAUGGGGAUUUGAGUUUGGAGUCUUAUUGCACUGUUUGGGAAGAAUGUUUAUCGCAGAUUUUAUAUUUAGAACCACAGAAAAGGUAUACGAGAGCUACCUUAGCCUCUAAAAAGGAUAGAAUCGAAGCCUGCGAAAGGAAAUUGGAAGAGAAUCGUAUGCAUAUGACUGGCGAGGCAAAAAGAGCAGCAAAGAUGGAGAAAAAAUUAAAAGUUUUAUUAGGAGGAUAUCAAAAUCGAGCACAGGUAUUAGUCAAACAAUUCACAGAUUUAGUUGAUCAGAUUGAGCAAUCCCGAUUAGAAUUGUCUACAUUCAAAUUUUUACAAACGCAAGAAGAGGCUGCUAUUCCAAGAAGACUCGAUGCCCUAAUCGAAGAUGUGAACCGUCAAAAAGAAAGGGAGAAUGCGUUACAGCUACGUUACUCGCAAUUGAAAGAAAAAUUGCAUGAGAUGCAAAUCCAACCUUUCUAAUUUAAAUAUAAACGAUCAUUUA